AUGGCGACGAACAAGAAGGAUUCCCCUGCCGGCUCCUCGUCCGAACGGGCGCCGGAUACUUCUAGCUUUGGAACGCUCCAACAGCUCGCCAAAGUCGAGAACCGGCCGAAGCCGAAGACGCCCGAACAUCCGAUUCCUCGGUCGGUCCGGAGGACACCGGCAGCGGGCCGACUGAAUCCGAAGUCUCCGCAUGCGUUGCGCGCGUUCGAGCAGCAGCGCCGGCUAAGUCUCGGAAGGGAGAGGAGACGGAGUCUGGUAUCCAAGAGCCGUGUCUCCGAUAUCGAUAUGCUGCGUAACUUGAGCAGAGCUCUUGCCCCGGGGAGCAAAUUGCCGGAUCCAAACACCCCCACCUCGAUGACACCGAAACCACCACCCUCAUCACGCCGCCCCCGCCGCUCCUCCGCGAUCGUCAUGUACCCCGAGAAACCUGUCGGCGAAAUCUACGAUGACGACGAUGAAAUGCCAGCUCCGCCGAGGUUGAGUUUCAACUACAACGAUUACCGUGACGACAGUGACGAUGACCUGCCUGUGCCGCAAUUGUCUCAGCUGCCCGGCGACGAGGAUGGAGAUGUGCGCUCCUCGCGACGACGGCGUUCUUUGGGGAUCGAGGCAGGACGGAGAGCUCGCCAUAGAGUCUCGGACUACGGAAUACCUGACAUGUUGGAGGAGGAUGACGAUCCGCUGGCACAUCUCAACAAUACCACCCGGCGCGGAUUCGGCUUCGAACUCGAUGAUACGCAGGUAUCCUUCCGUGACCGCGACUCGCGCUUGUCGAUCCUGCAGAACGAUGACGACUCGUAUUCAUUGGAAAGGAGCAAUGAAUCCCGGAUGCUUCUACCCGAUCACGACGAGGUGGACGACUUCCAGAUCGAGGUACUUCAAGACGGUAGCGGUGGAAACAAGCAUGAUGAAGGAUCCGGAAUAUACAAUACCAACCGUCCCGGGAUGACCAGCAUGCUCGGAGACGACUCCAUGCAGGCCGGGGAAGAACUUCUAGAAGACACGGAUGUGGAUGUGUACGAGGAUAUGGCGGAAUUCGGACCUGGAGGAUUUGAAAUACGGAUGGACGAGGAAGGCGACGACGUGGGUAUCGACGCGGAUGCACGCGCACGGAGGCCAACCGUGAAGCCGCUGAAGAUAGCAAAAAAGAGGAUCAUGAACACGUCGGCUAUCGGAGUCGAAUAUCCGCCGUUUCCCAAGCGAGUCAUCAAGAAACUGGCGCAACAGUACGCUGGGGCCAACAUCUCGAACGAGACCUUGAAGAUCCUCGAAGCGGCAACGGACAAGUUCUUCGAGCAGGCAUCGGUGGACCUGGGUGCAUAUGCCGACCACGCAGGGCGCAAGACCAUCGAUGAUUCAGAUGCUUUGAUGAUACAACGCCGCAUCAAUCCGCACACAACUCUCUUUUCGCUAGCACAGAAACAUCUACCCCGCGAGCUAGCCCAGCACAUUCGCAUGCCAGUGCCGCCCAAGGGUCGUGGCAAGCAAACACGCAAGACAUAA